AAAUCACGUUUAUAUUUCAAACUCACAUUUCAUUUGUUUCAACUUUGGUUGCUUUCUUAAACAACUUCCUUGUCUUAUACUCAUAACCACUGCUUUUUCCCAUGCUUUCAUACUUGUUUUCUGAAUCACUUUUUUUAUUUCAUUCCUUCAUUCAUAAAUUUAGUUCUAUCUUCUCUGCACUUUAAAGAGAAUUUGCAUUCAUUUAUGGAAGACACAAUCAGAAAACUUUGGCUAUAAUGGGCUUUGCCAAGAGAAAACCAAAUGAAAGUAUGAAGUUUAUUGUGAUAUUUUUCUUUGGAGGAUUUCUUGGCUUAUUUAUAGGACUAUCACUUCCAACAUUCUCCACAACAAAGUUGAAUCUCCCAUCUAGUUUGCUUCCUUCCAUUGAUUUGUCUUGUAUUCGCGGGAGCAACGCGUGGUCUUUCGUGAAGAAUGAUGACAGCGCCUCAUCUGAAAAUCAUAAUCCAUCUAAGAUUUGGGUUCCAACAAAUCCUAGAGGUUCUGAAAGAUUACCUCCCGGAAUUGUUAAUGCUCAAUCCGACUUUUUCUUGCGCCGAUUAUGGGGUCUUCCCAGUGAGGAUUUAACUUCUAAGCCAAAGUACCUAGUGACAUUCACUGUUGGAUAUCAGCAGAAAAACAACAUUGAUGCAGCUGUGAAAAAGUUUUCAAAGGAUUUCACGAUCCUACUGUUUCAUUACGAUGGCCGAACGACCGAAUGGGAUGAAUUUGAGUGGUCGAAACGGGCUAUUCAUGUGAGUGCUCACAAACAAACCAAGUGGUGGUAUGCUAAGAGGUUUCUGCAUCCAGAUAUUGUGGCAUCGUAUGAGUAUAUUUUCAUGUGGGACGAAGAUCUCGGGGUUGAGAAUUUUAAUGCAGAAGAAUACUUAAAACUAGUGAAGAAGCAUGGGUUGGAGAUUUCACAGCCAGCUUUAGAACCUCAAAAAGGGUUGAUUUGGAAUAUGACAAAAAGAAGAAAUGAUAGUGAAGUUCACAAAGAAGCACAAGAGAAACCAGGGAAGUGUAAAUACCCUCUUCUCCCUCCUUGUGCAGCAUUUGUUGAGAUUAUGGCUCCUGUGUUUUCGCGAGACGCGUGGCGUUGUGUGUGGCAUAUGAUUCAGAAUGAAUUUGUACAUGGAUGGGGACUUGAUUUUGCUUUUAGAAAAUGUGUUGAGCCUGCCCAUGAGAAAAUUGGAGUUGUUGAUGCUCAAUGGAUUGUUCACCAAGGUAUUCCAUCACUAGGCGAUCAGGGAGAAGCACAAACAGGAAAACCGGCGUGGCGGGCGGUUAAAGAGAGGUGUGGCAUGGAGUGGAGAAUGUUCCAAGGUAGAUUGACAAAUGCAGAAAAAGGAUAUUACAAGUCCAAGGGAAUUGAUUUUUCUAAUUUGCUAGUUCAUAACUAAGGGACAGUAGUUACUUUCAACUGUAACUUAGAUUCCUAGAUAGAGGAUUAUGUAUAUUUGUUGUAUGAAUCGUUACUACAUGUGUAUUUUGAGUGGAAUUUUUGAAUCAUAUUUUCUUCAUGGUUGAUGUGGCA